AUGGCAAGGAAAAUUAAUGGGCCGUGGUUAAUGGGGGGUGAUUUUAAUUGUGUACUUUACAUGGAUGAAAGAAUUGGUGCUCAGGUGAGUAGCUGGGACAUUGAACCUAUCAGAUCAUGCCUUGAUGAAUGUGGCUUAUAUGAUAUGAAAUGCUCAGGGAAUAGGUUCACAUGGAAUAAUAAACAGGAAGGUAAUGAUAGGGUAUUUGCAAAACUGGAUAGAGUGUUGAUUAAUGCUCAGUGGGAGGAGAUUUAUCAGAAUGUAGGGACUUCUUUCCUUAAUGAAGGGGAGUUUGAUCACUCCCCAGCCAUUGUAGCUGGGAAUGAGAGCCAUGGGCAGUGCAAGAAGCCAUUCAAGUACUUCACAAUGUGGAAGCAAUCACCUCACUUUGAGGAGCUAGUGAAAGGAUGUUGGCUGGAUAGGGUGAUGGGAAAUAGGAUGUAUGCUGUUACUACGAAGCUUAAAAGGGUGAAGAAGGAGUUGAAGUUGCUUAAUAAGUCUGGAUUUCUGGAGAUACAGGCUGAUGUUGUUAAGGCAGCAGCUGACUUGGAUGAAAUCCAAAGGAGAAUGCAUGAGGAUCCGAGUAAUAUUCAGCUUGCUGAUGAAGAGAUUUUGAUGGGUAAGUAA